CCCUUUCCUUCCGCCACGACUCACUGGAGACUACUUCGAAAUCAAAGAAGGGGGUCUGCUGAAGGCUGAAAAGCAUGUAUCAUCCCAGCUGGUGCAGUGUACAGGCUUUAAAGUCUCUUCACCAUGUGGAUGCAUCGGAGAAAUGACCUGCCCAGACAAGCCAGGCCAACUCAUAAACUGGUUUGUCUGCUCCUUGUGCAUCCCGAGGGUGCUGAGGCUUUGGAGUAUCAGACGCCCGAGGACUAGGAGAAAUCUGUUGCUAGGGACUGCCUGUGCUCUCUAUCUGGGCUUCCUGGUGAGCCAAGUUGGACAUGUGUCACCCCAGCAUCGAAGGGCACCAGAAAAGGGGCCCCGCCAGAACUUGGAUGCUGCUGGGACACCUUUUCUAGAGCUGCCCUUGGAUGGUACAUUAGCACCCCCUGAGAACCAGGGAAAUGGGACCACCCUGCAGCCUAAUGUGGUCUAUAUCACCCUACGCUCUAAAAGGAGUAAACCUGCUAACAUUCGAGGUACCGUGAAGCCCAAGCGCAGGAAAAAAUAUCCCCUAGCCUCCUUAACCCAGGAGACAUGGACUAAACCAGCCAGCCAGCCACAGGGGCUGGCAGGGGCAGCAGAUGCUGAUGUCCAUGGGAAUUCCCAUAAUGAAGAGGCGGACAAGGGCUGGGGGCGUCCCUGGAUAUUGGCCCAGAGACCAGACCUCCAGCUGCCCAGGACUUCGGAGAGCAACAUUAGGAUAUACAGUGAGAGUGCCCCCUCGUGGCUGAGCAAAGAAGACAUCCGUGGGAUGCGUUUGCUGGCUGACAGUGCAAUUGGAGACAUCCAAGAAUUGCCUUCCCAAACUGGGGCCCGCUUAUUGGUGCUGGAAGGGAACUCAAAGAACAAAUGGCCUUCUUGUGGCACCAGCCCUUGUGGUUUGCUCAAGAGACCCUUGGACAUGAGUGAGGUGUUUGCUUUCCACCUGGACCGUAUCCUGGGCCUAAACAGAACCCUGCCAUCUGUUAGCAGGAAGUCUGAGUUCAUUCAAGAUGGCCAUCCCUGUCCUGUGAUUCUCUGGGACUCAUCAUUGUCUCCAACAGAUAAUGGAAGUCAUUCUUCUGUUUCACUCACUUGGGGUGCUUAUCAACAAUUACUCAAGCAAAAAUGUUGGCAGAAUGGUAGAGCACCCAAAGGUGAAUGGGGAUGUACUGAAGUACAUCACCAUGAAUGGUCUAAGAUGGCACUCUUUGAUUUUCUGCUUCAGAUCUACCACCGCUUAGAUGUAAACUGCUGCGGAUUCCGACCUCGGAAGGAGGAUGCCUGUGGUCAGAAGGGAGUUAAGAGGAAAUGUGAUAACCAAGAUACUAUGGAGCUAACACACAUUGUUCAAAGAAAGCAUGACCCAAGGCAUUUGGUCUUUAUAGACAAUAAAGGUUUCUUUGACCGAAGUGAAGAUAAUUUAAAUUUCAAAUUAUUAGAAGGAAUCAAAGAGUUUCCUGAAUCUGCAGUUUCAGUUCUGAAGAGUCAGCACUUAAGGGAGAAGCUCCUUCAAUCUUUGUUUCUUGACAAAGUUUAUUGGGAAAGCCAAGGAGGUCGACAAGGAAUUGAAAAACUUAUUGAUGUGAUAGAACAGAGAGCCAAGAUUCUUCUCACCUACAUUAAUGCACAUGGAGCCAAAGUAUUGCCUAUGAAUCAGUGACUUUGAAGGGCUUGGUAUUAAUGCAAACAUUGGGACAAAAGUAUUAGGACAUAGAAAUGCUUGAGUACUUCUACAAGAUUGCUAUAGAAAUGUUUCUGAAAAUAUUCUGUCUUCACAGAAAACAUACACUUUUCCUUCUCCAUAUGUAUUGAACUGGCCCAGUAAAAUAUGAGUUCUUUGAGGGCAGGAACUGUUUUUUGGUUUUGUACCCCCAAUGCCCUAGAAAUGUUACCUUGUACUUUUUAAAUUCAUUUUUUGGUAUUGGUUAGUUUAAAUACUUGACUGCAGAAUGGUUUCAAGGAUUAUUUGAUCUAAUUUUGGUCAAACCAGUCAGUAUCAUUGACUAAGUCCAGUUGAAUUGAACCCAACAAACAUCUUUUUGCACCUGCUAUUUGUAAGGUGCUAUAACAGGUACUGAAAAUAUAAAAACAGAAACAACACAACCCUUGUCCUGAAGGUGCUCAUAUUGCUUCCUUUGCUUUAUCAGAGGAGACCCAGACAUAUUAUAUUGGUCAUUUCAAUAAUGACACCAUAAAGAAAGACCUUAAUAAUUACAGUGACCAAAAGUUACCUUGGUUCUUGAAGCCUUUUGGCCUCCUAGGUUUGGGGGAAUCUUGGGUUUAUGAUCCUUUCAUUUAGAAUAGAGAUGUCCAAAGGGUACAUGGUGGCUCCCUUAGCACUGACAAAUUCAUAUAUAGGUUUCACAAACAAAACAAAACAAAACAAAACAAAAACUCUGCAAAGACAUCAGUGAUGACCUGCAAAGAAGUGUUGGAUCAUUUGUAAACAUAUAGUGCAUCCUACAUUAUUUUUACAAAAAACCCUGCCAUACUUAUAGAGAAAACAUAGUAUCCCCAGACCUUUUGGGGAUAAAUUACAUUUUCAGAAUAGAAACAAUUCUAAUUUGACUAUUUAUAGUUAUAGUUUCUCAGUUUCUAAAGAGAGAUCUAAAUUAUAUUGUGUGACUUGGAACCAAGUGAUUCUGAGACUGGAAGUUGGUUAUUUAGAAAUACAUCCAUAUAUAUGUAUGUGUGUGUGUGUGUGUGUGUGUGUGUGUGUGUGUGUGUAGUUAGCUUGUCAAUUUUUUGAAGGCUAUAUACAAUGAAACCAGUUUUAUGAUCCAUUAACAAUUUCCUCAGCUUUGCUUGGUUCAACAAUACAUAUUUGAACCUAGUUCACAUCAACUGUUAUGUUGAAAGCUAUUUCUCUGCUAUCAAAGGGAAAAUAUUGUAAGUUAAAUACUGACUUGGGUGAGGUCUCCUCACUACAAUUUCAAUCUCAAGGCUAGUUCCCAACCCUUCCUCAGUGCCCCACCCUCAUGUCUGUUUCAUAUGAACAUGGAUGAACCUAAGCAUUUAGAAAGGGAAGGGAAUAAGCAUUUGUCUAGUCACUGCUCUCUGUCAGGCACUGUGAUAAAUGCUUUUUUAAAAUAUUAUCUGACUUAAUCCUCACAACAAUCCUGUGAGGUAGGUACUAUUAUUAUCUUCAUUUUGUAGUAGAGGAAAGUCAUUAUUGGGUAUUAUUACCUUUGGAUAUUUUUGAAGAACAAAGUAGGCCUUUCUAUAGUGACCACCUAAGUUUUAUUUUAAAAAUAAUUUUGGAAGGGCUACUCUCUUUUAGCUUCUUUUUGCUUACUUGAGAAAUUGAUAUUGAGAGUUCAUUAAAGAAUUAUUUACAAAAAUAUGCCACCCCAUCCCACACCUAAAACUAUAUGCUGUUCUUAAUAUCUUCUUUAUUUUCUUUUUUAAAAACAAGUAAUAAUUAAAUAGCAAUAUUAAUAACAACAAAACUAUAUUUCAAUGAAGUAAAAUAUUUUUCUGUAGAUUUAUUAUAAUUUCUAUAUGCAGAAAAAAGUGAGAAAAAUAUUAAAUGCAAGAAAAGAUGGGAGGAAAGAUAUUAUUGGCUAUUCUAUUACCAUGUUUUCAAGGCGCUUAGUCAUGUAUUAUCUUUAAGAGAUACCUGCUUAUUGAUACAAGUUGCCCUUGGCAAAAUGGUAAUUGAAUUUUGUCUUUAGCAUUUCAAUCUAUUCUCAUAUCCAUUAGUGGCAUUUCUUGAGAUACUUUCUAGCUGUGUGAUCUUGGGUAAGUAACUUAAUCACUUUGGUCACCAGUUAUUUUUUCAUCUAUAAAAUGAUGGGAUUAGACUUGACUUCAAGGUUGCUUUUCCAGCUUUGUGUGAUCCUAUUUAGGGGAGUGGUAGCCAGGGAAAUAUAUUUUCGUUUGGUAACUCACAGGGAUGGUGAUUUGAGUCACAGGGGAAUCAUUCAACAAACCAUUUGGAGAAACAAUGGUAGUAUUGAUCUGAUUAAAAUUCCCAGUGUAAAAGGUGGAAAAUUGGGGUACAGGUUAGACGAGGGGAGCAGAAUUUGGUGAGGGGACUUUUCUCAAUGGAGAGUUCCCUACACAUGACCAAGAAACUCCUGAUUUGAUACAUUAUCCUUUCUAGGUAAUAUAAUUGAAUCUUAAUAGAGGCUUUCUGGAAAUUGAAUACUUCAGUCCAAAGGAGUAUUUUAAAUGGUGGGAAUUCCAGGCAACAUAGUUGGCUAUUGUAAGACAUAUUUGGCAGGCAACCUUUCUAAUACCCUUUGAGUAUUGUAUUGAGGGUGGCAUCCUCUUCUUAUACAUAAGGAGGCCCAGAUUAAUUUAAACACUUAAUGUAUAAUUUGAAGCAAAUAAAUACAAGUUCCAGGAA